AUCUGAGACGAAGCCGGCCAUAGAAUGUGACUGCUGUCUCUACCUUUCACACAAUAAAGAUACUCCUCUGGAACACAUUUGUUUAAACAUGCCGAAAGCGUGCCGGUUUUGCUAGGGAUGUACAUCUCCCUCAACGCCAGGGAUCAAUAACCGCCAAGGAGUCCCGUGCAUCACGGGCCGUUUUUUCUGAUAAUUGGAAAUGGCCCUUUAACUCCAAGGAUCGUCGGUCGCGACGGCGGAGGUUCGCUGACAGCGGGGAAAUAAUUUCCGGGUUUACUGCUGUCUUUUCUGAGGAUUGGUAUAAGAUGAGGAAAGUGAUAACGGCUGUGAGAAAAUCAGAGAUGCGGAUGAUUCUCGACGGACUCACCUACAACAUGUCCUCCUUUUAAACGACGGCGUGAAGAAGACUGCAACUUAUCGAGGACGGAGACGAUUUUUUCUCCCACAUCUCCCAAUCUUCAACAAUAUCUGUUUGGAGAGUCACAAUCAAAGAAUUGGCCACCACCACCAACGGCGAAUACCUUUACCGCUUCAUCCAUAAUGUCAGCGGACGAAGAGACUUCCAUCCCAGAUCUCGUAUCAUCGGAAUGUCCAACGCCAACUCUACCAAGCUCAGUGUAUUCCGCGACCACGGAUAUGCCAUCGCCCGCAGUAGAUGAAUUUGAGCAUCCUCCCUGCAUUCCAGUAGCCGAGGCCACUAAUGCCCACGACGGUGCGAUGCUUCCGAGCAACCUUUACUUGGCUAUCAAGGAUAAUAGAAUGGCUGAAGACUUGGAGUUUAACUACUGGGAAGAAUUCAUAGACUAUAGUAUCAUGACCGAUGACUUUCCAAGAGUGGGGUUCAGGAGGCCAAUUUUUAAUAUGAAUUUUACGAAUUAA